UGACGACACGGGUUGAUAUUCAAUUCAUCUGCAAUACACAUCAUAGUGUUUCUAACACCGUAUCGAGAGCUAUUGGAAUGGCACUGGCUGUGAACUUGAUCCUUCUCCUCCAAGCCUAUCUUCUAAUCGGAUACGUUAAUGGAGGGUCUUAUCAUGGAGACUGUGACUCGCCACUUGGAAUUGAGAGUGGCGAUAUACCAAAUUCUGACAUGACCGCGUCCUCCGAGUGGAACGCACACCAUGGGCCUAGCAAUGCUAGGCUUAACCGUCCAGCUGGCGGGGGAAUGACUGGAGCUUGGUCCGCCAAGACAAAUGACUUAGGACAAUGGAUUCAGGUCAAUUUUCGUGAGCUGACUCGAGUGACUGAGGUGGCAAUUCAGGGAAGGCAGGACCAUGCUCAAUGGGUAACGGCAUUCAAAUUAUCUUACAGUCUGGAUGGAAACCACUUCGAGCCCCAAGAAGAGAUAUACCAAGGAAAUAAUGACCAAAACAGUGUUGUUGUUAACACUUUAAUGGAACCAAUUGAAGCUCGAUUUAUCCGACUUCAUCCAUAUGCAUGGUAUAGACACAUCUCCUUGAGAAUGGAGUUUUAUGGGUGCAGCUUGAAACCAGAAUGCGCAAAACCUUUAGGACUGGAAAAUAACCGAAUUCCCAACUCAGCUAUUACCGCGUCAUCAGAGUGGGACGUUAACCAUGGACCUACCAACGCCAGACUCGACAAACCCAGCGGUGGUGGUAAGACAGGUGCUUGGUCCUCUAGAACAAAUGAUGCAAACCAGUGGAUUCAAGUAAAAUUUUGUGAAGUCACCAAAGUAACUAAAGUGGGAAUCCAGGGCAGAUAUGACCACGACCAAUGGGUUACCAAGUUCAUAGUGUCUUACAGCCUCGAUGGCGUACAUUUUACCACCCAAAGCAAGGUAUACGACGGGAACAGCAACCGUAAUGGUAUCAUCAUCAACGAUUUAGAUACACCAAUUGUGGCUCGUGCAGUUCGGAUCAACCCAGUUGAAUGGUACCGUCACAUAUCCAUGAGAAUGGAACUCUAUGGUUGCCGAUUAUCAUCAGAAUGUGCAGCGCCACUGGGAAUGGAGAAUUGGCUCAUCCCGAAUUACGCCAUUACAGCUUCAUCUGAGUGGAAUGCAUACCAUGGACCCUCCAAUGCAAGGCUGUUUUUUACGGCAGGUCGCGGAAAAACAGGCGCCUGGUCGUCAAGGAUAAACGACAAAUCACAAUGGAUUCAGGUGGAUCUUCGUGAAAAAUUCCAAGUGACCAAGAUGGCUACACAAGGCAGGCAGGAUCAUGCGCAGUGGGUGACUCAAUACAAGGUGUCCUACAGCACAGAUGGAAAGACAUUUACGUCCCAGAACAAGGUGUACGAAGCUAACCGGGAUCAAAAUACCGUCGUAGUCAAUAAUUUAGAAGCACCCAUACAAGCACGUUUUAUCCGCCUUGAACCUCAAAAUUGGCAUGGUCACAUCUCGAUAAGAAUGGAACUCUAUGGCUGCAGCUUUAAAUCAGUGUGCGCGUCACCAAUGGGAAUGGAAAAUAAAAUGAUACCUGGCUAUGCAAUCACCGCCUCCUCUGAGUGGGCUGGAAACCAUGGUCCCACCAAUGCAAGGUUGUACCAUUUGGCUGGCGGCGGAAAGACGGGCGCCUGGUCUUCAAGAACAAACGACAAAUCACAGUGGAUUCAGGUAGAUCUUGGAGUAGUGAAAAGGGUAACGCAGGUUGCAAGUCAGGGCCGUUCGGACGCUGCACAGUGGGUGACAAGAUAUAAGAUGUCUUUCAGUACAUUUGGAAAGGAGUUCAAGUCCCAAGAUCAUGUUUACAAAGCCAACAGCGACCGGCAUAGUGUUGUCGUCAAUACUCUUAUUUAUCCCAUCGAGGCUCGUUUUGUCCGUCUCAACAUAGAGGCAUGGUAUGGACACAUUUCAAUGCGGUUUGAACUGUAUGGGUGCCAUGUCCGUGUAGAAUGUACAUCGUCGCUUGGAUUGACCAGUAAGAAGUUACCAGACUCAGCCCUAGCUGCCUCUUCUGAGUGGGACGGAAACCAUGGAGCUAACAAUGCGAGACUGUACCGUGUGAGUGGUUGGGGAAGGACUGGGGCCUGGUCGUCCAAGCUUAAUAACAAAGGUCAGUGGUUAGAAGUGGAUCUUGGAGAGACAGCCAAAGUUACCAUGGUAGCGACUCAGGGCCGAUACGACCAUGACCAGUGGGUGAAAAGCUAUAAAGUGGCUUACAGCAAAUACGGUGGCCAUUUUGUCUUUCAAAACAAGGUGUAUGACGCUAACUCAGACAGAAACAGUGUCAUUGUUAAUACGCUCAUUCAACCCAUUGAAGCUCGUUUCAUUCGUAUUUAUCCAGAGAGUUGGCAUGGUCAUAUGUCCAUGAGAAUGGAAUUGUAUGGCUGUGAGAUUCACUCAGAUUGCAUGACGCCACUUGUAAUGGAAAACGAUCAAAUCCCAGAUUCCUCCAUAACGGCUUCUUCAGUGUGGGCGGCCACCCAUGGGCCGAACAAUGCCAGGAUCUACCACAUGGCAGGAGGGGGCCGAACAGGCGCAUGGUCUGCCAGGACAAACGAUAAAGGGCAGUGGAUUCAAGUGAAUCUUGGUAAAAUUAGACAACUAACCAAAGUAGGCAUUCAGGGCCGGCAGGAUAAUGCGCAGUGGGUGACGAAAUACAGGGUGUCUUACAGCACGGACGGUCAACACUUUACUUCUCAAAAUCAGGAAUACACGGGAAGCAAGGAUCAAAAUACCGUUGUCAUUAGUGAUUUGAUCCAGCCAAUAACAGCUCAGUAUGUUCGAAUUCUUCCACAAGCAUGGCAUAGACACAUUUCCAUGAGAAUGGAGUUGUAUGGUUGUGCACGUGAUUCAAUUGAUGGAGGAUUUUCUGAUUGGAGCGAAUGGAGCGCCUGCUCAUUGCCAUGUGGUGGUGGAACGCGAAAACGAGUGCGUACUUGCACAAACCCUCUGCAGCAGUAUGGCGGGAAAGAUUGCCAAGGACUGAGGGAGAUGUUUGAAACAUGCCACACCGAAGACUGUCCCGAUUCUGGGUGACCUGCUUCUCGUGAUUACAGGCAAACAUGCAGCCAACCGGGGAUAUCACACAGCUCAUCAUAUCAGAGAAUAUUGGUGAAGGGAUAAGGGAAUAGAAAUGGUUUUGGUUGUAGAUCAUGACUGAUCAAGAAAUAUUAAAGGGAUCUUUAUGCUGCACAACGCUCUGACUAUUUCUUCUAUGUCUUUGACUGUUUCGUUUUUCGUUUGGUUUACCUUAAUCAGACCAAUAGGGUUGCCUGCCCAGGGGCAGAUCUAGGGGAAGGGUGCAGGGGGUGUGCAACC